AAAAAUUCAAACGCUCCAAGAUGAUAUUACACCAAUUUUGUUUUGGUAUCAUCCUUUAGGCCACCCAAUUGUGACACUACAAACAAUGGCAUCAAAACUUGGUGAACAAUGAAAGCAAGAAAAGCUUAACGAAAUCUUUCUUAUGCUGUCCUGUAGUGCUUGCCUCACAUGAUAACCAUGAUGCUCCAAAAUGUUAGCAGUGGCAAAACAAAAAACUAUACGACCAAAGGGAAAUAAGGUGAAUAAUUAUAAAGUUGUCAAUUAUUCAUAGAAGACAAGCCCCUCUGAUAAUUCCCAAUCAUAAAACUUGCAAUUAGGACCCCUUCAUACUCUUUAAGUACUUUUUGAAACCAUCAACUAAUCUGUCCCUCCAAGCCCCAUUUCUUAGUCUAUUUCCAAUAAAAUAGCAGUUUGAAGGAUUUGAAGGAAAAAAAACCCGUUGAUUUCAAUAUACCAGCAUAUACAUGCAGAGAUCUUGAUGCAGAGAUUCACCUCAUCAUGUCAACUAAUGCAAUCACUAUUAUUCUCUUGUUUCUCAACAUCUCUCUAUUUCCUGCCAUCUCUGCUCUGAACCAAGAGGGUCUCUCCCUGCUUUCAUGGCUUUCAACCUUCAACUCUUCUUCCUCAGCUGCCCUUUUUUCUUCCUGGAAUCCAACUGCCUAUGAUCCAUGCAAAUGGGAUUAUAUCAGAUGUUCUGAAGCAGGAUUUGUUUCAGAAAUCACAAUAACCUCAAUCAAUAUACAAACCAGGUUCCCCAUCCAGCUACUCACCUUUAAUCAUCUCACCACCCUUGUAAUCUCAAACGCCAACCUCAGUGGAGAAAUUCCACAGGCAAUUGGAAACUUGUCAUCACUCAUCAUCCUGAAUCUCAGCUUCAAUGCUCUAAGAGGUUACAUCCCACAGGAGAUAGGAAAAUUAUCACAACUGCAGUUGUUAUCACUGAAUUCAAAUUCCUUGGAUGGUGCAAUUCCGAAAGAAAUUGGAAACUGUUCAGAGCUUCAACAACUUGAACUAUACGAUAACCAGCUAUCUGGAAAGAUUCCUGCUGAAAUAGGCCAGUUGUGGGCUCUGGAAAUCUUCCGUGCAGGCGGGAAUCCUGACAUUCAAGGUGAAAUUCCAAUGCAGAUAUCAAACUGCAAGGGACUAACUUUCCUUGGCCUUGCAGCUACAGGAAUCACGGGGAAAAUUCCAAGCAGCAUAGGAGAACUUAAGAAUCUCCAAACUCUUUCAAUUUAUACUGCAAAUCUCUCAGGUGAGAUUCCACCAGAAAUUGGUAACUGUUCAGCCUUAGAAAAUUUGUUUCUGUAUGAUAACCAGCUUGCUGGUCAAAUUCCUGGUGAACUUGGUCUGUUGAAAAAACUCAGAAGAGUGCUACUGUGGAAGAACAAUCUCAAUGGAAGCAUCCCAGACACACUAGGGAACUGUUCAAAAUUGAAAGUAGUCGACUUCUCGUUGAAUCUUCUGAGUGGUGAGGUUCCUUUGUCUCUUGCAAAUUUGGUGGCAUUGGAGGAGCUUCUUCUAUCUGAGAAUCAGAUAUCAGGCAGCAUACCGCCUUUACUUGGAAACUUUUCCAGUUUAAAGCAACUGGAAUUGGAUAACAACAGAUUUUCGGGUACAAUUCCACCAGUCCUUGGGAAACUAAAAGAACUUACUCUUUUCUUUGCCUGGCAGAAUCAGCUCCAAGGAAGCAUACCAACUGAGCUGGCCAACUGUCAGAAACUUCAAGCAUUGGAUCUCUCACAUAAUCUCCUCAGUGGAUCAGUGCCGAGUUCUCUGUUUGACCUCAAGAACUUAACACAAGUGUUGCUGAUUUCAAAUGAAUUUUCAGGACAACUUCCAACCAAUAUUGGUAACUGUACCAACUUGAUCCGCUUACGCCUCGGAUCAAACAACUUCACAGGUCAGAUACCAUCCGGCAUUCGGCUCCUGCAGAGAUUAAGCUUCCUAGAAUUGUCAGAAAAUCAUUUUACUGGGAAAAUUCCUUCUGAAAUAGGAGACUGCUCCCACCUAGAAAUGGUUGACUUGCAUGGAAAUGAGCUCCGAGGCAGGAUUCCUUCGUCUUUCCAAUUCCUUACUGGUCUUAAUGUUUUAGACCUGUCCAUGAACCAAAUAGAAGGCACAGUUCCUGAACAUUUGGGGAAGCUGAAAUCCUUGAACAAACUGGUGGUCAAUGGAAACUACAUUACUGGUUCCAUUCCCAAGUCAUUGAGCCUCUGUAGGGAUUUGCAGUUGUUGGAACUGAGCAGCAACAGACUUACAGGCUCUAUCCCAGACGAGAUUGGACACUUGCAAGGGCUCGAUAUUCUCUUGAAUCUGAGCUGGAAUUCUCUGACGGGCCCCAUUCCAGAAAGCUUCUCAAAUCUCUCAAAACUUGCCACUAUGGAUCUCUCCCACAAUAUGCUGACAGGAAGCCUGAAAGUGCUGGGGGUUCUGGACAACCUCGUCUCCCUGAAUGUCUCAUAUAAUGACUUUUCAGGUCUACUUCCCAGUACUAAUUUUUUCAAGGAUCUUCCACCAACUGCAUUUGCUGGUAAUCACAAGUUAUGCAUCAACGGAAACAAGUGCCAACCAAAUAGAAACCUGCAUGACAAGAAAUCCAUCAGAUAUCUAAUUAUUUGUAUCCUUCUCAGUGUAACUGCAACUAUAUUUCUUAUGCUUGCUGGAAUAGCUUUGUUUGUCAGAGUCUGGGGAAUCACAUUUGGGAUGACGAACGGUAAAGAAGAAAAUGAUCUGGUGUGGGAAUUCACCCCAUUUCAAAAGCUUGAUUUUGCGGUUAAUGACAUUGUGACUAAGCUAUCAGACUCGAACAUUGUUGGGAAGGGAGGCUCAGGAAUGGUUUAUCGUGUAGAGACUCCAACGAGACAGGUCAUUGCAGUGAAGAAGUUAUGGCCGAUAAACAAUGGGGAGCUUCCAGAAAGAGACCUUUUCUCUACAGAAGUUCAUACUCUUGGAUCGAUAAGGCAUAAGAAUAUAGUGAGGCUUCUGGGCUGUUGUAAAAAUGGGAAAACCAGAUUGCUUUUGUUUGAUUACAUCAGUAAUGGGAGCUUAGCUGGAUUGCUCCAUGAGAAGAGGCUGUUCUUGGACUGGGAUACAAGGUACAAGAUUGUACUGGGAGCAGCUCAUGGCCUAGCUUAUCUUCAUCAUGAUUGUGUUCCUCCAAUCAUUCAUCGAGAUAUUAAGGCGAACAACAUCUUGGUAGGGCCACAGUAUGAAUCUCUUCUUGCAGAUUUUGGCCUUGCAAAGCUGUUGAGUUCUCCAGAAUGCUACAAAGUUUCCAACACAGUUGCAGGUUCUUAUGGGUACAUUGCUCCAGAAUAUGGAUACAGUUUGAGGAUCACAGAAAAGAGUGACGUGUAUAGCUAUGGAGUGGUGCUCCUAGAGGUCCUAACAGGGAAGGAACCAACAGAUAACAAGAUUCCAGAGGGUGAUCAUAUUGUCACUUGGGUUAAUAAGGAACUUAGAGAGAGAAAAAGAGAAUUCACAUCAAUUGUUGAUCAUCAGCUAAUACUGAGAUCAGGGACACAAAUUCAAGAAAUGCUUCAAGUUCUUGGGGUAGCUCUUCUCUGUGUUAAUCCCUGCCCGGAGGAAAGGCCGACAAUGAAAGAUGUAACAGCAAUGCUCAAUGAGAUCAAGCAUGAAAAUGAAGAAUGUGAAAAACCAAAUUUUCUUGGCCAAGGAGCUGUGACAAACAGGAAAACUGCAGUUUACAGUUCUAGUUUCUCCAAGUCAUCUGAACCUCUAAUUGGUUCACCUUCUUGUUUUCCCAGAUAAAAGUAAAAUUUGUAUAGAUUGAUGUUAUUUAGAGAAAGAUGCUGUGCAGUAGCAAUAAGACAUGAUAUCCUGUUUCACUA